CUAACUGCUAAGAGAUUCUCCGAGCUUGACACGGCGAAGUCAUGGCGGCGGGGAAGGCAGAGUCACAGUACCUUCAUGUACUCUCUGCUUUCCUCGCAAUGGAACCGGUGGACUCCGUCAUUUCUCUCGCGAGAGAGUGUUCCGGAGGAUCACUUACGGAGAGUGUCCAAAGGUUUCUCUGGGAAACUUGCGUUAAAGCUGCCGCGAGUGGUAACGCAUCAUACGCGAAAAGGUUACUGAAGAAACUCAUAAAUGAAGUUGAGUUGGAGAAAAGUGAAGUGUUAGAUGAAGUGUACGAAGAGUAUGCUCUUCACAUGUCAGCGGCUUCUAAGGAAGAUACACUGGUGAAAGAAAACAUAAGGAUCACCAAGUUCAUCUCUUUUCUUUUCCCAGAAGUAGGUUUAUACAAACAUCCAAGUUGUCCAAGUUCAAGAAAGUUAGUUGUUCCGCUGCAGUGUUCACUGAACAUGCUUGAAGGAGAUACCGGGUGUUCAAUCUGGCCCUCAAGUUUGUUUUUGUCAGAGUUUGUUCUGUCAUAUCCAGAGUUAUUCACGGAUAGAUCCUGUUUUGAGGUUGGUUCUGGAGUUGGUUUGGUCGGAAUUUGCCUUGCACAUGUAAAGGCAAAGAAGGUGAUACUAACAGACGGAGAUCUCUUAACUCUCUCUAACAUGAAGCUUAACUUGGAGAGGAAUCACUUAAACUAUGAGGACGAGCUGCUCAAACAACACGGAGAAGCUGAGAGUACACGAGUUAAAUGCAUCCAUCUCCCAUGGGAAACUGCAACGGACAGUGAACUGAGCGAGUAUCGUCCAGAUAUUGUUCUAGGCGCAGAUGUAAUCUAUGAUCCUUCAUGUUUCCCUCAUUUACUUCGGGUUCUAGUAGCCCUUUUAAGAGGACCAACCAAAAGAGACAAUGGCUCUCUCGAGACUGAAAGACGCAGCCCUGCUGUGGCUUAUGUAGCAUCUGUGAUCCGCAAUGCAGACACUUUCAAUGCGUUCUUGACACUUGUGGAUCAAAUGGAUCUUUCCAUCACAGACUUGACCGAAGAACUUAAGCCUCCGUAUGAGCUUUUACCGUAUAUGCAUUCGUAUGACCGCUCAAGCGUCCGGCUCUUCUCAAUAUCCUCCAGAUAAUCUGUUAAGCAUUUUUGUUACUUUAUACAACUGAAACUGCAGAUUCUUUGAAACUUGUUCCUAUAUGGUAGUUGGUUGAUCAGGUCAAAGGUUUGGUUGUUAAAAUUGCCGUGAGUGUUUCAUCUGGUUGUAGCAAAACAACCGCUAAACACUAUCACUGCUUGUUACUACAAAACGUUAAAAGAGUUUGGAUUUGAAGAAAACUUAUCAUC